GGGGGCGCACGGGGACUCUCCUGCGUGUGACCCCACCUGCGUACAGCCCCGCCUCGUUCUGCGCAGCCCCCACCUGUGCACCGCCCCCACCUGCGCUGGGUGGAAAAGUGACGUCACCCGUGGGCGGAGCGCCGCAGUGCAGGGGGCGGGGCCUGUGCGCGUGACCGCGGGCGGGGGGGGGGGCGGUGGCUGCGGCGAGUCCGGGGCGGGGUGGUGCGGUGUAGCGCGGAGACCCGGUCAGGUCGCCUCCCACCUGGGCCUCUUGGAGCGCGCACCUGGCAACUGGCCACCGCGCUCCGCCCGCUCUCUGGGCGCCGGAGCCCGCACCCCGCGCCCCGCACCCCUCACCCCGAACCCUGCACCCCCACCCCAAGGCGACCUCUGCCCGCCGCCGCGCGCGCUCACUCUCUCGUUGAUGCCGUUUCGGGGGUAACCGCGGGCCCGUGCAGCUCGGCUUUGGGGCUCGGGAGGCGGCGAUCACGCGGAGCCGAGAUGUUGGAGCUGCGGCGCCGGGGGGGCUGCCCGGGCCCUGGGGGGGCGGCGCCCCCACCCCGCGAGGGCGAGGCGGCCGGCGGCGACCACGAAACCGAGAGCACCAGCGACAAAGAAACAGAUAUUGAUGACCGAUAUGGAGAUCUGGAUUCCAGAACAGAUUCUGAUAUCCCAGAAAUUCUACCGUCCUCUGAUAGAACACCUGAGAUCCUCAAGAAUGCUCUCUCUGGCUUAUCUUCAAGGUGGAAAAACUGGUGGAUUCGUGGGAUUCUUACACUGACGAUGAUUUCAAUGUUUUUCUUGAUCAUCUACAUGGGAUCUUUUAUGCUGAUGCUUCUUGUUCUGGGCAUCCAGGUGAAAUGCUUCCAUGAGAUCAUCACCAUAGGCUACAGAGUCUAUCAUUCCUAUGACCUACCGUGGUUUAGAACACUAAGCUGGUACUUCCUACUAUGUGUAAACUACUUUUUCUAUGGAGAGACGGUGGCUGAUUAUUUUGCUACAUUUGUUCAAAGAGAAGAGCAGCUUCAGUUCCUCAUCCGCUACCACAGAUUCAUAUCAUUCGCACUCUACUUGGCAGGUUUCUGUAUGUUUGUGUUGAGCUUAGUGAAGAAACAUUAUCGCCUGCAGUUUUAUAUGUUCGCAUGGACUCAUGUCACUUUACUGAUAACAGUUACUCAGUCGCACCUUGUCAUCCAAAAUCUGUUUGAAGGCAUGAUAUGGUUCCUUGUCCCAAUAUCCAGUGUUAUCUGCAAUGACAUAACUGCUUAUCUUUUUGGAUUUUUCUUUGGGAGAACUCCAUUAAUUAAGUUGUCUCCUAAGAAGACUUGGGAAGGAUUUAUUGGUGGUUUCUUUUCCACAGUUGUGUUUGGAUUCAUUGCUGCCUACCUGCUGUCCAAGUCCCAGUACUUUGUCUGCCCCGUGGAGUACCGGAGUGACAUCAACUCCUUUGUUACAGAAUGUGAACCCUCAGAACUGUUCCAGCUUCAGAGCUAUUCACUUCCUCCCUUUCUCAAGGCAUUGUUGAGAAGGGAAACAGUGACUUUGUAUCCUUUCCAGAUACACAGCAUUGCUCUUUCAACAUUUGCAUCUUUGAUUGGCCCAUUUGGAGGCUUCUUUGCCAGUGGAUUCAAAAGAGCCUUCAAAAUCAAGGAUUUUGCAAACACCAUUCCUGGUCAUGGAGGGAUAAUGGACAGAUUUGAUUGUCAGUAUUUGAUGGCAACGUUUGUGCAUGUGUACAUCACGAGUUUCAUAAGGGGUCCAAAUCCCAGCAAAGUGCUACAGCAGUUGUUGGUGCUUCAGCCAGAACAGCAGCUAAAUAUAUACAAAACCCUGAAGAUUCAUCUCAUUGAGAAGGGAAUCCUACAGCCCACCUUGAAGGUCUGACUGGAUCCAGAGAUGAAGGACUGACAACAAGGCAUUCUAUAGCAAAGCACUGACAUUUUGUAAUUGUACAGAAAAAUGGUUGAAAAUGCAAUAGAUUGAAGUUUUAUAGA